AUGGCGGAGCCGAGCGGCCGCGGCGGUUGGAUGUUCUGGGCCUCCGCGUUGCCGAGCCCCGACUACUACGAGCGGGUGGCCCACCUCCAGCAAGGGCUGCGGGACAGUGAAAAGAAGAGAUUGGACCUGGAAAUGAAACUUUAUGAAUAUCAUCAGUCUGAUGCAUUCAGAGCUAAGCUGAAGUAUAUAAAGCUAAAGAAAUACUUGAAGGAAAUAUGUGAAUCAGAAAAGAAGGCUCGUAUUCGAAACCAAGAAUGUUUAAAACAGUUCGAGAGGAUCCAAGCUGACAUUACCGCAAGUUUAGAGAAGGUGCAACAACUGAAGAUUGAAUUUGAGACUCAAAUUAAGAAGAUGCAGCUAUUCCCAAAAGAUAGCCUGGGAAAAAAAGGUGAACUGAAAGAUGAAGACAAAGAAAAGGUUGUAAUGCUGGCAGAAAUUAACUCAGGGACAGCCAUAUCAAGAGGACUGUAUCAACCAGCAACCAUCUUUAUGGGCCGCCAAAUGUCAGCUUUCUCAGGCAUUGGAGAUUUCACUACAGAGCAGAAAUCGCCCCAACCCACAAAGAACUUUUCAAUUCCUGACCCACAUUCACACUGGCAGACAGCCCAGAGCAGUGAUGUGACAGACAGCCGUGUAGUACAAACUCCUGGUGACACACCGUGCUUAAAUAAGUCUGACAAAAUAGAUGGAAAGACAUCUCUUCAGAUUGGUGAGAAAACGCCAGUCACAGCCAGUGCAUUGUCUGAGGAGGAACAAACUCAUUGCUUCCAGAUAGAAAGCAACGCACGUCAGGGCAAGAGUAAUUUAUCUGAAAGCAAAAAGUCGGCCGAACUCCAUUCCCCGUUACGGGAGAGAUUAAGUCCAGAGAACAGAACCACUGAUUUAAAGUAUGACAGUUCCAGGAGAUCAGAGAGAUCAGAGGGAGAAAUACUGACACUGGAGCAUAUUGAAGUCAAGGAAGAAAGAGCCAGACCGCCAGUCUCUCCGCUGUCAGACUCAGAAUCCUGUGCAUCUGAAAAUGAGUGUCCUCAAGAGAAGCCCCCUGCUGGGGAAGCUUCCUCAGAUCACCUUCCUUGCGGGGACCCACAGUCACAGGAGCCCUUCAGAAAAAGCCAGGAAGAGCAGGAGGAGGAGAGUUUGAGCAGCAGCAGUGACCUCACAGUUUCUGUAAGCGAAGACGAUCUGAUUUUAAAGAGUCCAGAACCACAGCCAAAUCUGGGAGACAUCAUGGAGCAAGAAGGUGGAACAGAGACCUUAAAUGUAAUCCACUCUGAGCAAGAAAGAGAUGCCCCAUCCACCAGAAAACCUAACUGUAUUUUGCAAGCCCCAAGCACUCCUGAUUCACCAAAUGAAUCCUUCACUAACUUGCCAGCAAGGGAGUUUGAACAAGCACCAGCCUCAGGCUUUUUAAGGACACGAUCAGGUCAGCAUAUUGUCGCCCUGAAAGGACAUGGUACUUCUGUCCAAGAAGAGAAAGCAACCGCGUUAUUGAAAAAAAAUCUCGCAGAAGAGCAUGACAACAGGUCGGCUGUUGACAGCAGCAAGUCAUCUUGCAGUUUGCCAUCUACUCUGAGUGAUGAAAGUGGAAUGAGGAAUGGAAAACCCACUCUGUGGCCCAAAGGUGUUCCUACAAGGGAACAAGAAGAUGAGAGCACCGAGGAGAGCACCGAAGACAGCGUGGCAGCGAGGAUGCCCAUCACAGAAACGAAAGCCUACCAGAGGCUGAAGCAGUCUGCCCUCCAGGGCAGCACGCACCAGGCCAGAGAAGGAUUCCAAGAGGCCACGGCCCCCACGUCACAACCUUCAGGUUUGAAAACCGGCAGCAGGACAUUCCAGACAAAGACGACUCACAAAAUCGCUUCGGAAGCAAGUUUUUCAUCCAGCAAAGGGAGUCCUUUGUCAAGGCAUGAAAAUGAAGGGAAGCUAACUACCAAUUUAAAGUCUAAAGGCUUCUGGAGCGAAUCUGAUGAGACUAACUCAGAAAUCGAAGCUGCUUUACGUCCCAAGAUACCGUAA